AUGCUCAGUGUAAAAAAGUUUCCUGAAAGGGUUGUGAUUGGGAAGGCCAGAGGCGACUGUUUUCGAUUUCUCUACGCGAAAGUUGGAGAUGGCGUUUAUGAAGGGAGAGCCGUUGGUAGCGAAGCUGGCAUUGCUGGCCAAGUACGGGGUGCUACCGGGAGCCAUGAUAGCUGCUUUGAUCUACUCUCCUCCCGAUUACGCCUCUACCAAGAAGCAUCAUGAUUCCUCUUCUCCAUCCAAGUAGAUACGCCCCGCUCCUCUUUUCUUCCCCACUCUUCCAACUGGUACGUAAACGUGUUCUUCUUAUUGUCUUUAUGGUUAGGGAUUCUAUCUACUCUACUCAUAGAUGUUUUAUUAAUUUGAAAUUGACGUCCGACUUACCAUGCUUGAUCUAGGGUUUACGAUUCUGCUACUCAAUUUUCUGAUUAGGGAUUUUUUUUUUGUAUUUUUAUCUGCUUGUUCUAGGCUCGAAAGGUAGAUUAUUGGAAACGUCAAAAUCUCGGACUGUGACAACAGUGUUAAUUGAUUAAAAUUCUCAUUUUCUUCACAGAAAAAUUGAAGUCCCGAUUGAUGUGCACGAAUUAUUCUUAUGAUAUUUAUUACAGUUAUGCUAGUCGUUACUAGGGUUUUGAUAUAGAUUUUUUUUCGAUAAGAAAUUGUGAUAUGGAUUUAAAAUCUAAAGAUUUACCACAUAUUUGAAAUCACUAACUUUUGGAGUCCAUUGUUUGGGUAAAAGGAUUUAGUUAAUGGAUUCUUGAUUGAAGGAGUACAAUUGUUUUCUAAUCUAUAGAACUUCUUGUAAAAUCAAUUGGGGCCAUUGUCUCAUCUAGUGUGGAUUGGGGAUUGAAUCAGGCCACCUCCAUUCACUACCAAAAUAACAAGGCCAAUUUUACACCAUCCCUGGAUGGCUACAAAGGUUGAGACCGAAACCACAUUUCCAUUUGUCCCCUGUCUAAUAUGCAUGCUAAGUAUCAACCGAUAUCAAUUCGACUUAGCCGAGUUAUUUCUGAUUUAGUACCUUCAAAUUUGAUACCCCUCCACGAUUUGUGUAAACUAAGAGACUCGUGUAACUCGACUGAGUUGUUCGAGACAUCUCCGAUUCAACCUUCAGUUGUUUGAGUCAUUGUCAUUGAAUCGACCAAUUUCAUUGCUAUUGAACUUUUGCUUCUAUGUAGCAUUCCAUAUGUAUCACCCAUUAUAUUCCGCAAUGCUAUGACCUUUGUAUCUUAAUACCUCCGAGUCAAUGAUUGGUAUUGCGGCCUUGAGCCAUGUUGCGGGGAGGGGGGGGGGUUCGAGAGACACUCAAAAGGAUUUUAGGAGGGAGAAGACAAUGGUGGUCAAACUAGACAAGAAAACAAACCCAAAUAUAUAAAUGCCCUAUAUUUGCAUCAAAUGAAGUUUUCUUGGGAAAAGACUAACGUCACCCUAUUGUAGGGAACAUUGACAUUUCCAUGUAUAUAUAUAUAUUUCCAAGCACAUUUAUGAUGUAUUAUGUAUAUCUAGAGAGAGAGAGAAAGAGAUGUACAAAUAUAAAGUAGAUUUUUUAUUUCUCAAAAGUAAGUAUUUUUUUUGGUGGGGAGAGAGUUGCAUACGAUUAUGAGAUAGUAAAACGGAGCAGUACUCCAUCAAUUGCUUCUGAACUAUACUAAACUAGUCGAUCCUCACCUUUCGUUUGUUUUAAAAAGGCUUUUGGCCUUGUUGCUUUCAUAGUAAAACUUGGAUGAUGAUUCGUACCCUCUGUAGCUUACAAGUUUACGUCCAUCCAUAGUCAAAUACAGUUCCUUUCGAUUUCUCCCUGGUAGCUGCUAGCCGAGUCCGGCCAAUUGUGUAUACACUAGCCAAGCUGACUUGAUGAGGAAUCCGUUCUAGCAAACAAACACAACCCUUACACACAUGUGGGAGCACUCCUUCGACCCUUCCUGCAUAUCCCUAUAAGACUGAGUAGGCAGGUCAAGGUCCUAUGAGGUACCCACUUCUUGGAGUACCCUCUGUAGGCCUACAAUCAAGUUCAUGAAUUUUAGACCUCAAAUCCUUGGUGUUAACAUUUAUGGAUUUUAAAUCUCUAUUUCGUGCAACUAUUCAUCGCUUAAGCCAUAAAUGAAAAUAGGUCCUAAAACUUACUGCAAAAAAUGAUAGAUUAGAGCCAGACCAAAACAUGUGUUGCAAAUUAUAGUAAUUAUUUCUUUCUUUUUCUUUUUUCUUUUUAAACAACAAUUGCUAUUUGCUUAAUUAAUUAAUUUUGAUUUUAGUGGAACCCAUUAGAAAAUGUUCAUACCAGUACUAAUAUGAUAUUUCUCUAUGAUUUGAAUCCUUUUCCGAAGUAUGGCAUUUUCCUUUUUUUUUUUUUGGUUGAAGACGUGUGAACUUGUGCAAGAGAAAUGACAGUGAAGUCUGUGAUUUCUUUUAUGGAGUGUACAUUGCCACUAUAGCAUAUUCUAAUCCAACUGGGUAAAAAUAAUAGCUUCAACAUGAAAACAUCUUUUGUUUUUAAAAUAGGGAGAAUUUCAUUUUGCACCCUGAAAGAUUUAAAAAAUAUUGUAAUGUGACCCUUCUAUCAGUUUUUAUUGCUUAUUCCUUCAAAAACCAUCACAUUGACGUUGACAUACUGAGUAACGAAAACUAAUAGAACGGCUACAUUGCAAACACUUUUAAUGCAUUGAAGGUGCAAUGUGAGAAAUCUAAUAUUUGAGGGUGUAAAAUAAAAAUUCUUAAAUCUUUUAUUGUGCAAAGUGUAAUUCGCCUUUUAAAAUAUGGGCAUUGCAUAAAUUUUGUGGCCUAUGGCAAUUGAAAACAUUUUCCAUCUCAAAUUUGUUGCACUAAAUGACAUCAGUGGAAUCAAAUUAAGAGAGAAUGAACUUGUGUAUUUCUGACUGGUAUAAAGAUCCAUUGUUGCACCAGCGAUAAACAAUGAUGAUCAACCAAUUGAUCGAAAUACUAGAGGUAGAGAUAGAUUAAAAUUAACUUCAAAUUAAAUUGUAUAAAAUGACAUGGCAAAUUGUGUUUAGUAGAUCAUAUGACUAUUGAUUGAGCACAAUGACAAAACAUGAUUUAUGUAGCCAAUUUCAAGUAGUUGGGGCAAUAUUUUGUUGUGUUACGUUGAGUCCUAUUGGUCCAGAUCUUUGUAUUUACUACUUGUGGUUAAGAAAAGAUUGUAAUGUUUCUAGAUGCCUUUCUUGAGCAUUAGAAUGGAUAUUUCAGUCAUCGAUUGUGCUAGGGGUGUGUUACUUGAGCAUGUUUAUAACAAAAUUCCCGUGCAUUAUGCUUUCUAUGUUUUCUCUUUCCCUGUAGUCUUACUUAUGGAUAAGCCUAGGUCUCUUUGGUAAUUGUUUGAAGUUGGAACCACAGUUUCUGAUGGCCCAAUUGGGCGAAGUUCUAAUUCAGCUUGUUGACGACAAUUAUAAGCAUUAAAAAGUAUAAGGAACUUUAUUGACCACUAUGCAUCUUUGCAGCAGCCUAGAGUUCCU